GGGGCAACCGCAAUCAGCCCCAGGUUCAACACUCAUCAACACAGCAGUACUCCGCCCCUCGAGCACCAACACGGCUGAAACUUGGAGGGAACCCUUGAGUCAUCACAAGGAGAAUAAUCUGCGAAGAACGCGCUGCGAACAGGUCACGGUUACUCCAGGCGUCGUGCCCCAAAUGGACUCCUAUGACCUCCGUCAUGCGGGCGAGGAGGGAGGAGAACUCCGGGGGAGCUUCUCGCCUGUGUUAAUGAGACGAAUGUUCGAUGAUGUCACCCCGGGUGCCGGACAUGUCUCUCUUCCAAUCGUGGGUUGGGUGGGCGCAGGACAGGUACCGGGGGAGGAUGUGCGUGCUGGCACACCUACGGACAGCACCGCCAGCGACGAGGACAGCCAUGUCGAUGAUGAAGCAUUCGACUGCUGUCCCGCCGAAGUCUGCGUUUUCGGCCGUGGCAUCGGCAGUACUGCAGGAUCAUUUGGGGGAGCUCGAAAGGUCGGCGGAUGACAUCAAGGAGCAGGUGCUGGCGAGUGUGACGAACCACCUCGAUCAGACGUGCGAUUGGGUACUGCCACCGUGGGAAAAGGUUAAGGCACUGCAACCUACACGUGAGCUGAUUGUCUGCUCGUGGGGCUCUCUUCUGAAGCUCCUGGAAACCGAGAAAAAUAGCAAGCCUUCGACGAAGGACAGCGACGGCGUUUACCUUGAAACGCUUCGGCACAUGGGAAAAGCACCUGCGUGCUUGGGUCGAGCAUGACGCUAUUCAAGAAGUGGCGCAGACGGAGAAGGGGGAUGCAGCCCGGAGAACAUUGAGUUGCAUUUGCAACACAAUCG